AUGUCUGACAGCAUAUCUUCUUAUUCUUCACUUUGUGCCCAACUGAGUAUAAUUGUUGAUUUAUCAUCUUCAUCAUUCGAUUUUAAACAGCUAUAUAGCCAUCUAUCAUCACAGUCACCGCCUAAUACUGAUCACCAUCACUGGUACUUCGGCGGUCUUCGUUCUUAUACAAUCCCAUUUGAAUUUAAUCACGAUGAAAUAACCAUUAAUCAUGUUAUAUCAAAAUUAAAAUUAUUACAAAAUCAUUUAUCUAUAUUACCGCCAUUUUGGAUAUCAUAUAAAAAAUGUCAACCACUACAACAACAACCAGUCCCAUUUACACCAGCAACAACACCAGAGGUUAUUCGCAAAAAUAUUAAAUUAGGAAAGUUUUAUGCUAACAAUGGUUUCGAUAUCGAAUAUACUGGAGGUGCACUUGUUGGUAUAGAUAAAUAUAUAUGGGAUAUACCAACACAAAUAAAGGAUCCAUGGCGUCUAGUUUUUUAUCAUGAUAAAAUUGAAAUUGAUUAUGGUUCUAAAGAAAAAAGACUGCGGAAAACACUUAAAGCCGAAAUUAUGGAUAGAUGUGCUGUUAUAAUGACGCAAACCGAUGGUUUUACACUAUUUAUUAAUAUGAAUGGAAAUCCUAUUGAUCAUGAAGCUGUUAAUUCAACAAAGUCUCUCAAUAUUAAUGAUGAUGAAAUCGAUCCUAUAUUACGUAAAAUAGCUGAAUCAAAUAUGUCAUAUACUCGUACUGCACCUCGAGAAUCACAACCGUUCUAUUCAACGAUUCGUCUAUCUAUUUCGCUUUCAAAUUCAUUCGAUUAUAAUAACAUGAUAACGAAUACUACUGAUGAACAUCGUUCUGAACAAUUACAACGUUUAAAUUCAUGUUACACACAGUUUAUUGAUUUUUUUCAUCGCAAUCAUAUAUAUGAUUGUUUUGGUAUUAUAAUAAGUAUACCAUCAUCUAUAGAUUUUUCUUCUAUAUCAUCACUAUUUAUGUCGAAUGAAACAACAUCAUUUGUUAAACAGUAUUGUUGGCAAAUGUUAAUGUCUAUUGGAUAUCGUUUUCAACAACGGUUAACAGCAGAUUUUAUUCAACAAAUGAAUUCUAUUGGAGAUGAUGAUGAAUUUUAUCAGGCAUCACUUCAUAUAUGGCGUCGUUCAAGUGAAUAUUAUUUUAUUGAUUUACUCGGUGAAUUACGUCGUUAUCGAGAAAAAAUCGUUGCACAAACAGUAUUUCUACCUUCGCCACCCUCGUAUUCAAUUAAUAAUCAUCGUCAACAAGGUAUGAAAAAUGAUGACAGUCAACAAGAACGUUGGAGUAUUCGUACACCACCUCGCAAUUAUGCUUAUGUACCAUCCGUAACAUUAACGCCAACAACAAUAUGUGUGAAUCCAUUUAAAUUAGUUAAAACAAAUCGAGUUUUACGUGAAUCGAAAUUUGGUGGAAAUCUUAUGUUUGCUCUUGUUGAUGUUAAAGAUGAAAAUGGUACAAUGGAUCUAUUUCCUCAUGAUUAUCGUGCUUUACGUUGGAAAACUGAAAUGCUACUUGAAUCAGGUUUUGAUUUAGGUACAAAAGGUCGAACAUAUCGUUAUUUACAUCAUUCACAAUCACAAUUAAAAGAUAAACAAUUUUGGUUUUAUCAUAAUGAUGGUGAAACGAAUUUUUCAUUUGAAGAGGCAUUUGCUUGGAUGGGAGAUUUUCAAGAAGAACGAAUUGUUGCUAAACAUGCCGCACGCAUUGCACAAUGUUUUACAAGUGCUGAAGCAACUAUUCAAAUUCCAUCAGAAAAAGUUGAAUAUAUUGAGGAUAUUCAUACAGAUGAUAAUAAAUAUAAUUUUACUGAUGGCGUUGGAACGAUGUCAACUACUAUACGUGACAAUAUUAAUCCAUAUCGACAAUUCUCAGCAAUUCAAAUUCGUUAUGGUGGCUGUAAAGGUGUUAUAUCUGUAAAUCCUGAUUUAGAUAAUUCACCACAUCAACUACGUAUUCGUCAGUCGAUGAGAAAAUUCAAAUGUUCACACGAUAUAUUGGAAUUAUGUCGCAUUUCUAAACCACGUCCACUCUAUUUAAAUCGACAAAUCAUUGUUUUACUUUCACAUCGUGAGAUUGAUGAUCGUACAUUUCUUUUAUUACAACAUCAACACCAGCAAAACUUAUCAGAAUCACUUGUUUAUCCAGCACGUGCCUACGAAUUAUUAGCAGAAAAAAUCAAUCGAAGUUUAUUUCCAUUGCGUACAUUAAUUAAUGAUGCACAUUUAAAUCUAAUUCAAGAGCCAUUCUUUCGUCAAUUAAUAAUAACAACAAGUAAAUUCGAGCUUGCACAAAUGCGUGAACGUACACGUUUGAAAUUACCAAAAAAUUCAGCUAGAAAUAUGAUUGGUAUUGUUGAUGAAUAUGGAGUUUUAGAAUAUGGACAAGUGUUUGUUCAAUAUACAGAAUUACAUGGCGAAACAUUAGAUGAUGAGUUAGGUUCCAGCAAUGAUUCAUCGGUAACACCACAACCAGAAAAAGCUGUGAUACUUGAACAAAAAGUUGUUGUUACAAAAAAUCCGUGUCAUCAUCCAGGAGAUAUUCGAAUUUUUGAAGCUGUUGACGUACCUCGUUUACGACACUUAAAAGAUGUAAUCGUUUUUCCACAACGUGGUAAACGACCUCAUCCGAAUGAAAUAUCUGGUUCUGAUCUUGAUGGCGAUGAAUAUGCUGUUUUAUGGCAUCCAGCAUUUAUUCCAAAAACACCCAAUAAUACACCCUUUGAUUAUGAUUCUCAAACGCCUAUGUUACGCGUUGUUGAUCGUCCUGUUAGCCGAGCAGAUAUUCAAGCAACUGUAUUAGAUAUUAGUGAACAAUCAUGUGUGGGAAAACUAUGUUCACUUCAUUUAGCUAAUUCCGAUCUUCAUGGUGUUGCACACCCAAAAACAUUAGCUAUUGCUGGAUAUAUUUCAGAAGAAUUAGAUGCAGCAAAAACUGGACAACAUCCGUUAACACCAAAACAAAUUACCCAUUUACAAUCUGAAUUAGGAAAUGAACGUCCAGAUUAUUUCGAUAAACCAUAUUAUAAACUUUAUCCAUCGAAACAUAUUCUUGGUCAAUUAUUUCGUUCAUGUCUUCGUUUUGAACCAAACUGGACAAUAAUUCAAACUCCACCAACAACAGUUAGUUCAACACCUGUCGAUCCAUUACUAGUUCAUGAUUUACAUGUUGAAUAUACAACAUCUGUUGAAGAAAUCGCUCGUAUCUAUCGUGAAGCUAUUAUGGAUAUUAUGUAUGUCUAUCGUUUUUCAUCCGAUGUUGAUUUACUUUGUCGAUUUGAUUCAUCAUCAUCACAACAUAAAACACCAGUAACAAAACAACAAACGGAUUCAGCUUGUCUUAUUGCUGAUUCGGCACAAGUUGAAUUAAAACAAUUGAUACGACGUGUACGACGUUUAUUUUAUCAUGAAUUUCGUUUCUGUGAUAAAACACAUUCAGUUCGUUGUCAAACUAAUUGUAUAAAAUGUGCAGAUAAAAAAAUGGCUAAAGCAAGUGCACUCUACAUACUAUGUUAUACAGAUACACGUCAUGCACGACGGAUGCUAAGUUUACCAUGGCUAUUUGCCUCAUUAUUAAUAGAAACAAGAAAAUUAAAUAUAAAAAAGCAAACAAAAUUAUUAUCACCAAAACUCGUUGCUCAAAUGCUUGAAAUUCAACCAUAUCAAUUAAUUGGUCAAUCAUUAAGACGUGCAUUACAACAUUUGUUUGACCAAUCAAAACCAUUUUAUUUUCAUCAUUCAUGCUCACAUGAUAAUUCAAAUUUAAUAACUGUUUCACUUGGACCAACAUCAACAGCUAAACGUCUGUUAUUAAAGCGUCAGAUACUAUUAUUAGAUUAUUUUAUUCUGGAAAUUAUUCAUCAUUUUGUUUAUGAAUCUCUAUCAAAAGAACGUUCACCAAUAACAGCCGCAAAGCCGUCACUUCUUGAAUCCGUUUGGCAACAUAUAAUAACACGUUUUAUUCUUGGUGAAUGCUCACCAUUAGUGCUUAUAACAUCAAAGUCGACUACUGUUUCAAUUAAUAAAGAUUUUCAAUGUUGGUCGGAUGAACAAGCAUGUAAAACAUUACAACGCGUAAUUGAUAUAAGUGUUCAAUGUGCUGAACAUGGACCAGAUUCAACUGAUUACGCACAUGCUAAUGAAUAUUUAGUUUCAACACUACAACAAAUGGCUACAACUGGUUCUUUAUUUUCGACAUAG